AGGGUUUUCCUCUCUGUCUUUCUUUUUCUCUUCCCCUUCUCUUACCUCUUUUGCAGCCGCGAGAGAGAGGUCAGAGGCAAAAGCCACCUCUCCCAAUCUCUUAUCUCUCUCUCUCUCUCUGUCUCUCUAUAUCUCUCUCUCUCUCUCUCUCCAACGGCCAGGAUCUUGCGGAUCGAGUUAUGCAGGCAGAUCAGACGGUUCUGAGCUUGAGGCCAGGUGGUGGAGCGAACAAAGGAGGCAGCAGACUCCUUGCCCCUCGUUCCUCUGCUUUUGGGAAUUCCGGCAUCGGCAGCGGAUCUUCUUCAUCGUCCGAUCUCCAGCUCCUCCGGCCCCAUGGCGCAACGGCUCCCCUCAAGACUGGAGACUCGUGGCUUGAAGGUCGUGAGCGUGUUCGGUACACACGAGAUCAGCUCUUGCAGCUUAGGGAGGUUGUUGAGGUUCCUGAAGAUAUCUUGAAAAUCAAGGAAGAAAUCGAGGCAGAACUUUUUGGCGAUGAUCAAAGUUGGGGUCGUGGAGAUGCCAAUUUGCAAGGUCAGCCACAAAGUCGUUAUGCUGAGCCAGACACGCGGGAUUGGCGUGGCCGAUCAGGUCAAUUGCCUGCCUUGGGAGAGGAGAGGUCUUGGGAGACAAUUCGAGACAAUAAAGAGUCAAAGCACCAAGAUGCCAAUCAAUCGAACUGGCAGGAUCAACAAAGCUCCCAAUUUUCUAGAGCUCAAACCUCCUCUGUGCAAGGGGGAGGACCUGCACCUGCUCUCAUAAAGGCUGAAGUCCCAUGGUCAGCACGAAGAGGCACUCUCUCUGAGAAAGAGCGUGUUUUGAAAACAGUGAAAGGUAUACUGAAUAAGUUGACCCCAGAGAAAUUUGAUCUUCUUAAGGGCCAACUGAUUGAUUCUGGAAUUACAACACCAGAUAUCUUAAAGGGUGUUAUCACACUGAUAUUUGAUAAGGCAGUGUUGGAACCUACAUUUUGCCCCAUGUAUGCUCUUUUGUGUUCUGAUCUCAAUGAAAAGCUCCCGCCUUUUCCCUCAGAAGAACCCGGUGGGAAAGAAAUCACAUUUAAGCGAAUCCUCUUGAAUAUUUGCCAGGAGGCAUUUGAAGGUUCUGCCAAUCUAAGGGCUGAAAUUAGGCAAAUGACUGCCCCUGAGCAAGAACUAGAACGUAGAGAUAAAGAAAGAAUGGUGAAGCUCCGGACCCUUGGAAACAUCCGUCUUAUUGGGGAGCUGCUGAAGCAGAAGAUGGUGCCUGAGAAAAUCGUCCAUCACAUUGUUCAGGAACUGUUGGGACAUGAUGGGAAGACUUGUCCAGAUGAGGAGAGUGUGGAGGCCAUCUGCCAAUUUUUCAACACGAUCGGCAAGCAGCUAGAUGAAAGCCCGAAAUCCCGACGUUUCAAUGAUGCCUACUUCAACCGGCUGAAGGAGUUGACAACAAACCCCCAGCUAGCCCCGCGGCUGAGGUUCAUGGUCCGUGGUGUUCUGGAAUUGCGUGCCAACAACUGGGUCCCUAGGCGGGAAGAGGUGAAAGCGAAGACCAUCAAUGAAAUCCAUUCGGAGGCAGAGAAGAAUCUUGGGCUACGGCCUGGCGCAGCUGCAGCCAUUCGGAAUGGUCGUGGUGGAGGAGGUGCUUUAGGUGGUAUCGGCCCCAGCGGCUUUCCCAUCAACCGACCCGGCAGCGGUGGUAUGAUGCCCGGGAUGCCUGGAACUAGACGGAUGCCUGGCAUGCCAGGGAUAGAAAAUGAUAAUUGGGAGAUUCCCCGUAACAGGUCUAUGCCUAAGAACGAAGGACAGCUUCUGCCCUCCCGUGUUCAGCCGUCCUUGGUUAGCAAGCCAACAACCCUCAAUUCUAGGCUGUUACCACAGGGCAGCAGCAGCAUAAUAACUGGGAAGACGAGCGCAUUGCUGCAGGGAAGUGGUGGCCCACCUUCCCGCCCGGCAGGUAUAGAACCCCCACCAGCUCAAAACUUUGUUCCCAUGAAGCCUCUCACCCCAGUGGUGUCCUCAUCUCCUGUUUCUGCCAAGCCUGGAGCUCCCCCACGAGCGAAACAAGCCGAUCUGCACCGGAAGACACUUGCACUUCUUGAGGAAUACUUCAGUAUCCACAUUCUUGAUGAGGCAAAGCAGUGCGUGGAGGAGCUGAAGAGCCCUGAAUAUCACCAUGAGCUGGUGAAGGAAGCGAUUGCUCUCGCGCUGGAGAAGAGCCCGCCUUGUGUCGAGCUCGUUGCAAAGCUUCUGGAGUUCUUGUUCAACAACAAGGUUCUCACGGCACGUGACAUCGGGACAGGGUGCCUUCUCUACGGGUCAAUGUUGGACGAUAUUGGGAUCGAUGUACCGAAGGCCCCAAGCAACUUCGGUGAGGUUGUCGGGAAGCUAAUAUUGGGCGGAUGUCUGGAUUUCAAGGUGGUGAAGGAGAUGCUGAGGAAAAUGGAGGAUCCCAUGUUCCAGAGAGCUGUAUUUGAUCUCGCCGUGAGAAUUGUCAAGUCGACACCUUCAGGACUGGGGGUGUUGGGCCAGCAGGCAGCUGAAGUCAAGGCGUGCGAGGAGCUACUCUCUUGAUUUCCACUGGCAGGCCAUUGAUGUAACUGGUUGGUGCAGUUGUCCCCUUGAGGUGAGUAACUUUAUGUUACGAUCUGUGCUUAUAAGUGGAGCUGCUGUGCAAUGAACAGGUAAGUUAAUGAGUUGUACAUUUUCCGAGGUCAUGUGAUCAGCGUGUUUAUUGAUUUCUGAGAAGAAAAAAAAUGUGCCAUGGAUUUUUUUUGCUCUCGAGCGGAUGGGUAAUUUGGCCCGAUUGCCCGAGAUGAACAAGGCUUAAUAUGAUUACUGUUUAAUUA